UUAUAAAGAAUCACACACCACUCCACUCACUCUUUCGUUCCUCCAUUUUUUAACAUUCCAUUCCCUCUCCGAUCUCUCUCUCUCUCUCUCUCUCUCUAGAUUUAGGGUUUUCGCCUCGAUCUGCCGCGCCUCCUCCGACUACCGCUGCAUGUUCUCAUGGCGUCUUCCUAUUCCGCUUCCGUCAGUGCCGCCCAGGUUGGUUCCUACUUCGUUGGACAGUACUACCAGGUCCUCCGCCAGCAGCCCAAUCUCGUUCACCAGUUCUACUCUGAUUCCAGCAGCAUGAUUCGCGUUGACGGAGAUUCCGUUGAAUCUGCGCACGAUGUGGUGCAAAUUCAUUCAAUCGUCUCUUUACUGAAUUUCACUACAAUUGAGAUCAAGACAAUCAAUUCUCUUGACUCUUGGGAUGGAGGUGUGCUUGUGAUGGUCUCAGGUUUUGUGAAGAUAAAGGAUAUUAGUGGGAGGCGGAAGUUUGUUCAAACCUUCUUUCUCGCUCCCCAAGAGAAGGGUUACUUCGUACUCAAUGAUAUGUUCCAUUUCAUUGAUGAUGGAGUAACUUACCCAAAUAUGGUACCCGUGGCAUCAGAAACGAUCGACGCACAACCACAUGUAUCUGCUUCUCUUGCAGAACCACCAGCUUCAGACUAUGGUUUGGAGGAAGAAGCUAGAGAAUAUGUCAACUCAGUUCACAUAGAUGAUGAUCCAGUGGACAAGUAUAGUCUUCCUGAGCACCAGCAGCAGCUAAAAGAAGAUCUUGAAACUGAAAUUGUUGUGGAGGAAACACCUGCACAGGAGGCAUCUCCACCAAUUCAUAACGUUGCACACACUGUCCAAGAACCCCCUGUUGCUUUUGUGGAAGAGUCUUUGGAGGAGCUUCCUAAGAAAACUUAUGCAUCCAUUUUACGAGUUGCCAAAGGGCAGCCAGUGUUGUCAGCUGCUCCACAGCAUGUUCCACAACAAGCUUUCAAAAGUGCUCCACCUCCUUCAGAGUUGAACCAUGUAACACAGCCUGCUGUUCAGCAGUCAAGUUCUGCAUCUAUUUAUGUUCCUGAGCCAGUGGCUGAGGGAGUUGAGGAAGGCUAUGGACUAGAAGAAGAAGGUGAAGUAACAUCUGUCUAUGUGAGAAACCUGCCUGCUAAUGUUACUGAGGCUGAGAUUGACCAGGAAUUUAAGAAUUUUGGUAGAAUCAAGCCGGAUGGAAUAUUCAUUAGGGUCCGAAAGGAAAUUGGUGUUUGCUAUGCCUUUGUGGAAUUCGAAGACAUUAUUGGUGUUCAAAAUGCGCUUGAGGCUUCUCCCAUACAAUUGGCUGGAAGACAAGUAUACAUAGAGGAGCGGAGGCCAAACAGUGGCAGUGCAGCACGGGGAGCAAGAAGGGGAAGAGGAAGAGGUAAUUAUCAAACAGAUGCUCCAAGAGGGCGUUUUGGUGCUAGGAGCAUGGGAAGGGGAGGUAAUCAGGAUAGUUCAGACUACACCAGACUAAGAGGCGAUGGUUAUUUUCAGCGUGGUUCACGAUGAGCAUAUUGUGGCAAAAGCAUGCACUGUGAUACCACCGUUAAAGGGCUUAUACAAUUAGUGAAACCGGUGUUUGGUGUGGGUAUUUACUACAGAACUUUUUCUUCUGUGGUUUCACAUGAAGUAGUCUUGCGUUUUGGGUGCUUCUUUUUCAAGUAAAAGCCAUUGAGACUUCAUUAGUUUGUUUUGCAAGCAUAGGCUAGUUGGUUCCCCUUGGAUGUUAUUUAUUAUGCCAUUCAGGUGGGAAAUUUUGGUUAUUUGUGUUAUCCCAUGUUUGGAUUGUGGGGGCCUUUCAAUGAGAAAGGGUGUUGAAAGUUAAAGUGGUUUAGACAUUAAUAGAGGUUGUGCUUAGUUAUCAGAUAUUGCUGUGCAUUUGUGUGCCUCAGCUCGCUGCCUUUGAUGUUUUGUUUUGAUAGUACCAUAUGAAUCUUAUAAUUUUUUUCUUCUAA